GCGAUCGAGCCUCGAGGAGUCGAGACGGCCCCGAGUGCCGCUCCUCCCGUAGUGCCGCUCAAGAAAAUCCACCGCGUGACGCGGGAGACGUGCAGUACUGUAGCAUGUAGGAGUGGACGAGUGGUAUAUAAGCCCGUGCAUGGCUAACGACCCUCACAACCUGGCCAGGACGGUCCAGCUGUCUCCUGGUGCCACCCAGGGUUAUACGCAUGCCGGGACCCAGACAGAAGAGAGUGCACAAAAGGCAUCUGAGCUGCUCACACUCAACCAUGCCCGGUAUCACGUACGAUGGAGCCACACUUUCCACAACCACAUCGCUCACCACCUCCUCACCAUCUGGGCCCUAGGGGCGUCGCCCGAAGUGAUCCAAGCCAUGUUCGACUACAACACGCCCUACCAGGACCCCAGUGAGCGGCCCCAUACGGCUGUGUCCACGUACCGAGACCUGCAAGACCCAGCGGUCUUUGGGAGGUGUCUCGGAGAACACGACUGCUACGUCGACUUCCUGAGAUUCUUCGAAGACGAGGUCGCCGAGAAGGGCGUGCCCGCCGUCAUCAACGAGUACCUCCUCAAGGGCGACGAGCGGGCCGACGAUCUCUUUGGCCGCAUGCACGCAGACCUCAUGCAUCCCAUCAUCCACCUCGGCUGCGGUCUGGAGUUUUCGCAGCCGAGCAUCGUGGCCGAAGCGCUGGCGCAGGGCUGCAUCCACCCCAACUGGCCCAAGACCUUCCUGCGGGCCACCGAGGAGCACAUCCGGUCCAACCGCGACCCGGACCCAGACAGGGACGGGGACAUGCCAGCACCCUCCACGCCCAUCCUCGAGAUCCUUGACAGCAUGCGCCGCGACCGGGCCAUCGCCGACGCGGUGCGCGACGCGGACGGGCUCAACAAGAUCCCCGACGGCCUGCUGAAGCGUGUUCCGGCGGACUACCUCGCGCGGCACCACCUGGGCCGGUUCCGCGUGGCGCCCGCGCCCGCAGAGCUGCGCCGGAAGACGGCCGAGAUGGUGUACACGAGCGCCUACGUGCUGGGCGCGGCGCAGCGGCCCGGCAAGCGCGAGAAGCUGGACUUUGUGGCGCUGCACUGCGUCACGCUGGCCGUCUUCUACCCGGCCAUGCUCCAUGAGCUGGCCUGGCUGACGGACGCGCAGAAGGCGCGCCUGCUCGAGGCGAAGGUGCGCGUCGACGCCGUCGUGUACGCCGGGUGCGGCUGCCCGGCGCUGUACCCGGAGCGCAUCACCGAGUACGUGCCGCGGCGGCCGGCCGACGGAUGGCCGGAGCUCGUGCGGCGCGCGGUCGUCUACCGCGACGAGGGCCACGCGGCGAAGUUGAUCAGGGCGCUCCUGUGUCUGGAGCAGCUGGCCGAGCCCGUGCCUGACGGGUUUCCCAUUGCGAAGCGGGAUUUCAUCAAGAUUGCGCACAUGGCCAUGGACUCGAUCGAGGCGGCGCUCGAGCCGGGCGGGAGCACCAUGCCGGAAGAGGCGGCGCGGGCCAUGACGGAGAGCGUGGGCCGCGGCGGCGAGAUGAUCGCGAAGAAUAUGAAGAGAUGGGUGUACUAUAACGGUCUUGAAAGUGCCUGGCAGUAUGUUCCGGCGAAGGGAGAGCCACGCGCCUGAGGGGGGGAAAGUGAAAAUCUUGCCUUUCGCACAACUGCAACUGAUGACUCAGCAAGCACGGGCCAGCUCCUUGCCCAAAGUUUUUGCCGGCCGAGAACCCGUUCGCGUUCCCGGAGUGGGGCCGGCUCUGUAACGACUAUAAAUAGCGCCGGCGUAGUCUCAAGGUGCUCAGACCAGCUGUGGCGCGGUGAUGUACCGCAGGGACCCACUACCAUGCUCAGGCAAUUUGUAACGACACACUUAC